ACCGGUAUCUCUCAGAUGGGCCCGGGGCGUCCCGCCGCCGCCGAAACAGAGCUUCCCGCGGGCCCCGCAGAGUCCCAGGCAGGGCCGGGGUCUGGCCGUCAGCCCCGCGUCCCGCGCGCGGCUUCCCCGGGGGCGGGCGGACAGAGCGUGAGCGUGCCGGAGGAGGCCCCCGCCGCCCGCCAGCUGCUGGAAGACCUCAGGCGGCGGCUGGCACGCGCCUUCCAGCGGGCGGCGGCGCGCGAGCAGCAGAGCCGGGCGUGCAUCGAGGGCGCACUGGGCCGGCUGAGCGCUGAGCUGCUGGAAAUGCAUUUCCAAAAUCGCCAACUGGUGAGAACUGUACUGGAUUUAAACAUGAAAAUGCAGCAAUUGAAAAAGGAGUAUGAACUGGAAAUUGCAUCAAAAUCUCAAAGCUCAGAAGAUAAUGCUCUGAAUCGGGAAUAAGGAAAUGCACACUUGAAGAUCAGAACCCUAAAAAUAACAUGGACAUCUCUGAAACAACUCUGACAGUAACAUCAUGGAUGCCUUGCGUAAGAUUUUAGGGGCAAUUUGUAGGCCCAAACUUAGAUGCCAUGGGGAAGUGACAGAAAAUGUCUAAGAGGGAAGAGAUAGAAAAUGAUAUAUGACCAAGUUUUGGCCGAGAAGUAAAAAAAAUAUGUACUGAAGAUUGCUUUAAUGCCAAUUUCUAGUAUGCUAUUUUGUGCCACCUUAACUUUCUGGCAUUGCCUGAACUUUCGGAAUCUGUGCAUGUUUUUAUUUUACUUGAUUAUUCUUGGCUUGUCUGUCCAGUUAGUUAUUCUGUAGCUACCCCCCGACCCCCACCACUAAGUAUCCCACUAUCCAUCUCCCCACGGAUAUAGUCAUGCAGAUCAAGCCAGGUUGAUCAGCUUGUCUCGGGAGUUUUUGAACUAGAACUAAGGGAGUAGAUGAGUAUUUCCUGAUGGUAGAAACUGUGCAGUAGCAGGGUUUGGAAGCUGCUGGUGGCCACCAUGUGAGAAAGUGUGAGCUCUAACGAAGGAGGUUGAAACUGCACCACUGGGAGGACAGAAAAAGAUGGAAAGAACUGAACUUCCUUGUCCCUGGGGUCAAGCUGUCUAAAACCCCAGCCCUUGCUGUCAUCUAGAUAUCUGAAAAUACUCUAAUAGCCUCCUAAUAAAGUCUCCUUUUGCCUAAGUCAAUUGAGUUGGACUUUUAUGACUUGUACUCAGAAGAUUCCUGACUAACACAAUUCCUUUGUUUACGCUUUUAGGAGUUAAAAUGGUUCUUGUUGAAUUAGAAUAUCUACCUCUAAACCCUGAAAGUGCUGCCUUCUUAGUGCAGAGAAUAAAGUUAAAAGAUAG